CCCCCCCGCGGGGGCGGGCCCGGAACGCCGCUGCCCCGGAACGCGGCGCGCGGGCUGCGGCGGGCCCGGACGGGCCCUGCGCCGCGCGGCACCGACCCGCGGCCUUCCUGUGCCGCCGCCGCCGCCGAGGCGCCGUUUGCCGCUGCGCCCGGCCCGGCCAUGCUCCGGACGGAGCCGCUCUGCCGCCUCCUCUUCCUUCUCCUCCUCCUCCUGCGCGGCGGCUGGGCCGAGUCCCCCGCUCCUCUGAUCGCCCCGAGCCCGCUCAACGGCACGGGGCCGCCGCGGGCCGCCGGCGGUAACGGGACGCGGCCGGGGCCGCCGCGGGGCCCGGGGCUGUCGCAGGGGCCGGGGCUGCCGGUGCUGAAGCGGGCCGUGUACGUGCUCAGCGCCCUCUCCGCGCUGGCCGCGCUCUACUUCAUCCUGCGGGCGCUGCGUUCUAGAUCAGAGCGACCCAGAAACGAGCUCAAAACUAAUUUCAGGUUGAAGAAACCUCAGCGGAAGAAAUAUGGUCUUCUUUCAAACUAUGAUGAAAACAUAGAGAUGGCUUCAUUUGACAGCGAUGAGGACACGGUGUUUGAGACAAGAAAUCUGAAGCGAUGAUUUGGAGUCGACCAGUGGCUUCAGCUGCAUAGACUGACCAAGAGGUGCAAGUCCACCAGUGGAAUCACCUUACCAAUCCUCGGGUUUUAUUUGUUCUAAUUGCUUAUAAUGAGUACUAAUUAACAGCACAAAAACUUCUCUAGCUGGGGCAGGGGGAAGGGGACCAAACCUAUUUCCUUCACACAUUUUGUUGGGAAAAGUGGAGUUGCAAACCAAACGGUGCUGCACUGAGUGGUGUUAACGGCACAGGGAGAUGCUUGCUAAUGAAAAUGUGACUCCUGGAUUGAUGAUGUGACUCAGCAUUUGAAAACUUCUGGCUCUGGACUCAAGUAUCGCAGCUAUGUCUGCUGGCCUAUGAAUAUUAUCAGUAUUUUAUACGUGCUCAUAUCCCUCUCUCCACUGACUGCGGCAGUCAGCUUAAAGUAUCAGGCAAGUGGAUUCCUUUUGGAGGCGGAUCCUGUUUCCUUCAUGCAGUAUCAGGUUACUUCUUUAGUAAAUGUCUCUGUAAUCAACUCUGCAUCUGAUGAAUUGGGAGAGCUCUCGUUAUCUGUUACACUAGCAGUGGAUGUGGAUAGUGUUGCCUUAGUUCAGGCAGGCAGAAUAGCUUGGGGAAGGAGCAGUGAGUUAAAUGCCUCAAAGUUCUUGUAGUUACAGGGUUAGUAGUUACACAUGAUAAUACAGGUCACUAGCUGGGUUUAGAGAGCAAAGACAUGUUUACAAGUGAAAGGUGCCUGUGGGCCCAAAGGAGCACUUCUUAGAAGGAGCAACAGUUUGUGUGGACUGUGGAGUUGCGAGUGUCCGGGCUGUUCUUCCAGUUGCAAGCCAGAGUGCUUGCAAUGGCCCGUUCACUAGAGAAAUGUGUGCCGUCUCCCAGGCUCCUGGAUUUUGAGCUGCUGGCUCUGUCUGAGGUCACCUGAGGAAAAGCUAGACUGCUGCGGUGGUCUGAGUUGGUGAAUCUUGCUCUGGUGUGAGGAAUGACUUGACUUUGAGCAACUGUCGACUGGAAAAGGAGGACCAGAGAAAGCGUUAGUGCCAGACCCUUAGGGACUGUGAUUCUUAAACUGAGACAUCCCUGGCUCAGAAAUAAUCUCUUCACGAAGGGGCCUGGCAUUUCACUCUAUUUGCUGGUACUCGAAUUAUGUCUCAUUGUCAGCCCAGCAAACUGGGAGGUUCCUUGGCUGGAUGUUUGGGUUGAUAUUUGGGUUCUUACAGUGUAGAAUCAAACGUGAAUGGGUGCAGAAAAUCUCUUUCCGGAUGUCUUUGUUAGGUAUGAACCUACUGCUAAGAUGGUAGAAACUGCUUGCAAAGUGCUCCUGUUUACAGCACAUUUCAGCCAUGAAUGGAGGGCCAUUCCUUGAAAGCUACAGGCACUGCAAACCGGUAUCCUUAAGUCCUACUUCUCCCCAAAUUGGUAGUGCCUUUAUCAUGAGAACCCAAGGGAAGUUACCCUGCAGGCCGGGAAGUUCCCUGUUGAGGAGGUGCAGCUUUGAGGCUAUGGAUCUUUUCUUUAAAAUGAAGAUUGAGAAUAUCUUUGGAGUAAUGGUUCUUUUCUUUUGGUUAACAAAUCCUCUGUAGAUAAGGGGACAAAACUGGCACUUAAGAAGAGCAUGGAGGGGGAGGGAUAUUCCUGUCGAGUAGCAAUGACAAAUGGAUUUGCAGCCAGUCAGCUGUGAGCUCGGGGUCUAGCUGCUGCUCCGAAAUCCCUCGGGAGGCAGGAAAUGGAGCGCUGUGCUCCUGGUGCUCACCACGCAAGGGGCAGCAUUUUUCAGUGCAGAGCUAGUGAGGUUUCCUGGAGAGCUGUCACCCCAGAUGCUGUGAGCUCUUUGGCUUGCACGUGUGCAGAAGAUUUUUUUUUAAAAAAAUAUAUUUUUAGUAAUGUCAUGUGAACACACCACUUGAAUGUGCCCUAAUUUCAUAUAAUUUUUAUCCUUUCAUGCCUACGUUAGAUACUUUCUGCUUGUUUAGCUGAUGCAGAGAUGAAAAGAUUUGCUGCAUUCCUCUGUGAGCAUAGCAGUCAUAGCUAAAUCUGGCUGUUACUGCCCUUUGGGUGAUCAGAGAGCUGAUUUGUUUGAUUCAGUGGUAUCUAGGGUGCAGGUCAUGUGCACAUGCUGAUACUUUUCUUAGCUCUUCAACUCCCUUUGCACGCUUGUUUCUCUAAAGCAUUGUAUGCAAGCCAGGUAAGCCUGACUGUAUUUCAGUCCACUUACGUGCUCUGGCUCAGCCUUUCGACUGACACAUUCAUUGGCUUUUCUUUAGUUGAGGUGAUUUACUUUAUCAUUCUUUAGGCAUUUCUCUUCAUUGGAUGGAUGGGUUUUGCAAUCUUUAAGUUUCCUCACCUUGCAGGAAUGAAUGGUUCCAAGAACAUUUUCAAUAUUAACAGUUGAAUAAUUUUGAUCAAAGAGGUGACACCAAGCUGUAGGUCUUGUCACAAAGAUAAUUUAGAUGGAACUUGAUUUUGCAAUAGUAGGUGAUUAGAAUUUGAGAAGGGAAAGAUGUGGAUAUAGCUAGAACUUGUAACAGGGCACCUAUUCUGGUACUAAGUAGGCAAAAGUUAAUUAAUUUGAAGGCCUCAGAUUAUCCCAGAGUGUGCCAGCCCAAUAUCUCUGCACCACAUGCAUGUUUUUAGAGAUCUUUGUGCUGGCUCUCUUUAAAGGAGUGAGUUUCAUCCUAUGGAGAAUAAAAUGAUGAUUCUGAGGCUGUAACGUAGUAUUGCUGUCACUUUUAAUCUGACCCUGUUUUGGUUAGAGACCAUGGUUGAGCCAUAGUCAAUGACCCAGUGUGGCUAUUUUCUUUUUUCCCUGAACCAUCCUGCAUAUUGGAAGGAAUCUGUAGUCUGCAUUAGCUCUUCGUAGACCAAGACUUGACAUUCCUGCUCUGUUGGACUUCUGGUUCUAAAUCAUUGUUAAUGCAUUUUGUGAGAGGAGAAAACAAAAAUGCUAAUAACAGAGAUCUGAGACUCCUUCGAGUACAAAUCUAUUGCUCAGUACACCUUUCACUGAUCUCAUUUCUCCUGGAAGAAGAAUGUAAGUUGAAACUAUAGCAGCAGUCUCUUCUCAAAGAUGUGGAGCACUGUACCCACGGGCAAUCAGCGUGAGGCCAGUACAAGCUUUUGUGGGGGAAUCUUGCUAAUAAUAGCAGCUUUUAAAGCCUUGCAUUGUAUUUUCCUAAUAUGAGAGCAGUUCAGUAGGCUUUUCAGUUACAACUUUUGUUACUUCAAGUGUAUUUGGUUUCCAUGUUGAUAGCCUAGUAGGUCUCUUCUCAACAGUUAGAACUUUUAGUAUUUUUUUAGAAUAUGUCUAAAUCCACAGAUGCCCAUGAGCCCUGAGCCAGCGCAUGUGAGACAGCUCUGGUCUGGAGGCUGCACAGCUGCACUGAUGCAGUGCUGCGCUUGUACGAAUACGUGCUGCUCGGAGGAACGUGUGUCUGUCUGGACAGGCUUGCGCCUCACACGCGACUGCUGCACUUUCUUUUCCCGGAAUGAAUCAGGGUGUUAGCGGGAGGCACCGUGGACUCUGGCUGCUGCCUCUUACUGCUGGCCUGCUCGCGGUGCUCCUGCCAGUCCUUGCAAAAGCCUGAUGUGGCCGAAGGCCGUCAGAGCUGAGGAGAGCAAGGGGUGCUGAGGACCAAGACUGGAGUACGCAGUUCCUUGUGAUGCUGCACAGUCACCAACCUCUGUGUGUCACAAGUGACUGCUACAGAGUCCGCUUGAAACAAUCACUAUUGUUUAAGCCAAAGCCUAACUUUAAAAGUUUACGUAAUUGCCUCUCUGAUCUUCUCGGAGGGCUGUAUCUGAUCCUCCACUGUUGAUAUUGAACUACUAGGCAAAUCGACUGGACCAUGUGCUGAGGUUAAUGAGGUUGCCGGAGAGUGAUAUGAGCAUCAGCUCUAUAUUGUUAAUAACAUACUUCUGCUUUGUUUCAUCUGUACAUGUGACUUGAAUGGGAGCUGCAGCAUUAAAGUGCUGGGAGAUGGACUUGUGGUCUGGACAGAUUGCCAAGAAGUCAAUAAAACAGCACUUGAGUGCAUUGUGUUAUUGUCUGUGCUUUCAGAAACGGAGGAGCUGGUCUUUCACCCUCCUGCUUGAAUUGUUGAUUUAUUUUUAAAUAGCAACCAGUCCUGUAUUGAUUGAUUGUUUUACUUUCCUUUUGUUUACAGCAUCCACCUCCAUUGUAUCUUCAAACAAAUAAAAUAAAACAUUCCAUUUCACCAGA